UUUCAAUAUGAAGUUAUUGUCGAAUUGCUAUUAUUGAUAAGUGAGAAUGCUGUUUGGCCUAUAUUCAUUUAAUAUUCUGAAUAUGUUCCCCAUAUAAUUUAUUCUUUCGAAAUCUGUCAUUGUUUUCUAGUCAAAAUAGAAAUUGUUUAUGGUUCGAUAUUUCAUAUAUAAAUAGCCAUUAUUAACCUUAGGCUUAGAGUGCUCUAUAUAUGUAUACGUAUUCUGUUAGAUAUAUUGUGUGGACAAAAUUAAUGUAGGCUAUUUACUUUUUGAUAUUUUUUAGGGUUAUUAAGUCAACUGCUGCUUACAAUGUUAGGUUUGUUUAAAAAUCUUACACAAUGUCAGUAUACAAAAAUUGGUUGCAUAUGUAAUGCUAUAAUUACCUCCAAGCUCAAUUUGGGUACUGCACAAUCUAUGUUUUUAUCACAAGAAGAACGCCAUGUAAAAAAAAUCAAUUUGAAUAACAAACAAUUCAAAGAUUGGUCUCAGGAAGACUUGGCCAUGAUGACAGAGACAGAGAAUUGUAUUCCACUAGUAGAGGCAAUUAUGAGCAGUCCUCUUUUUAUAGAAGAUUGGGAGAAAAUGCCAAAAAGUCAUCUAGAUAAAUAUGCAAUAAUGUCUGAUGUGUUUUCUCAUGAAAGCAUCCAGAGUGUGAACGUUAUUUUGAAGAACACUGUAGAUCCAAUGAGAGAAGUAAUUUUGAAUCAAUGGAAAAAGAAAAUGAUAAACAAAUUGGGAGAAAAGGAAUUUUCGGACUACCAAAAUAAUAGCAUGAAAGAGGGACGUUGUUUUCACAAAUUGCUCCAAGAUUAUUUAAGGAAAGAAAUCUCAAUAGAAGGUGAUGGAUCGGAUGAGUGGAACAGUGUGAAACCAAUUCUGCAUGAAAUUUCUCCUGAGAGUGCUCAUAAUGUGGAAGCCAAUGUGAUUCAUCCAAAGUUGUUCUACAGUGGAAGAUUGGAUUGUGUCGUAGAAUAUAAAAACAAACUAUGCAUUAUAGACUGGAAAUUAGCUUCCAAGCGAAAGGACAAUUUGAAGGAUUUAUAUGACGUUCCCUACCAGGUUGCUGCAUAUGUUGGGGCCUUCAAUAUACUUAACGACUCUUCUACACAAGUUUCUAAUGCAAUCAUUGUUAGAGGUUAUCGGAAUGGAUCGCCAGCCAGCGUUCAUUAUUUAAAUGACUUUGCAAUAGAAUUUUAUUGGAAAGGGUGGCUGAGAAAGCUUGCCAGAAACCAUGCAAGACAACUAAGUGCUCAAUUGUCACAAGAUAGUUGAUGAUACUUUACGAAAAUUUUUGUUUUGAGAUUCAAUGGUUGAAAUAAUCUGCGUUUUUUCAUCGAAUUUUAAUAAGAACUCCUGCGAUCUGGCACAAACUUAUGUUGAGGAGCAGCGAUGGAUUUCUAACAUAUCACGCACUGCUUGGUAGAGUUCUAAAAACUAAGUCAAUUUGUUUAGAACAAUAUUAAUCUUAUCAGUUGAUAUAUUUCUAAUUUCAAAUAUUCCCCCUGAAUUUGAGAGUCUAGUUACUGCCAAGUUUUGCAAUUCAAGAGCCUUGAGCCUUUCAAGAUGACUAGUGUACUGUGAUUGUGUUCACCUGAUAUUGAUUGCAAUGUAAUCAUUAAAUAGCUGAAUAACAGCUUUCUGUGAUUUGCUUAUGAAUCUGCCAUCUUCAUCUUUUAUAUUAUAAUGAAGAUUGCUUCACUAUAGAAAAGUUUUUGAUAACAAAGUAUGAAACUGU